CACCGAAUACACUACAUCGCAAACCCUAGCCCUCAGUCUCUCCCCAUCAUACCACGACUGAUCACCACAAACGUCACGUGUCACUACUCAUCUUGAAAAACUCGAGCACUGAAAACAUCAACCGAAACUCAAUCUCCGCUUCCCAUGUUUGGCCUCUUCUCAUCUUCCUCCUCCUCGCCUCCUCCCACCACAUCCACCAACCCACCCAAUAAAGCUGAAAGACAAGCAUGUUGGGACUCUAGAGAUGCCUAUUUUGCAUGUUUGACAGAUAACGGUGUGAGAUUAGCGGGGGAAGAAGGGAAGGGAGUAUGUGAGAAGGAGAAAGAGGUUUAUUCUCGGAAUUGCGGAAAGAGUUGGAUCGAUUACUUCAACAAACGUCGAGCACUCGAGUUACGACAAAAAGCGACUUUCGAUGCUGCUUCAAAGCAACGAGACGAGAAUCCUGCCAAUGUAGGUAGAUGAUAGAGACCGAUAAUCGGCUGAAAAUCACCGGAUAGAAUAUUGCAUGGUCCAGAAGAAAAUCACAUAACAUGAUGAUGGCAUGAUCGUUCUCCU